AUGUGGUCAUUUCCAUCUAUGAUGAUAAACACAUGUCUAUUAUUCUUCAUUAUAAUUUUUGUUAAUGUUUCAUCGAAUUUAAUAUUGCCUGAAUAUGAACAUUGUGAUGUACCAUUGGGUAUGGAAUCAGGUUCGAUUACUGAUAAUGAUUUAACUUCAAGUUCAACACAUGAUAUAAGUAGCGUUGGUCCACAAAUGGCAAGAAUUCGUAGUGAAAUUGAAGGUGGAGCAUGGUGUCCGGACAAACCAAUUGGAAUCAAUUCAUAUGAAUAUCUUGAAAUUGAAUUACGACAAUUAUUUUUAAUAAAUUCAAUUGAAACUCAAGGUCGAUUUGGUAACGGACAAGGUAAAGAAUAUGCUGAAUUUUAUCAAGUUCAAUAUCAACGUGAUAAUCAAUCAUCCGAUUGGAUUACUUAUCAUAAUAAAAUAACAAAUAAAACAAUUCUUAAUGGAAAUACAAAUACAUAUAUUGCUGAAAAACGUUCACUUUCAUUUCCAAUUUUAGCUAAACGUAUUCGUAUUAUUCCUUAUAGUACACGAUGGCGAACUGUUUGUAUGCGAAUUGAACUCUAUGGAUGUCCAUAUAAUGGUGGUGUUAUAUCCUAUAAAACUUCACCAAGUAUUGAUGAAGAUAAUACAUAUGAUGGCAAUGAUAAAAUAGAUGGUAUAGGAAAAUUAGUUGAUGGAAUUAUUGGUGGUAAUGAUUUUAGUUGGCUUAGUUGGAAUAAAUCACCUGUAUCAAUUGAAUUUCAUUUUGAUAUUUCACGUCAUUUUAAAACAAUACAAAUUUAUACAAUGAGUAAUAAAUAUGAAUCCGUUCAAAUUAAAUUUGAUAAUAAUCUAACAAUUAAACAUCAUAUAGCACCUAUUGAAUCAUCAUUAUCAACUAUAUAUGUUGAUACAAUUCAAUUAAUUAAAUAUGAUAAUAUAUUCCUAGGAAAACAAAUUGAAUUUCUAUUUGAAUUUAAUAAUAAUCAAUUACUUUUCUUAACAGAAAUAACAUUUAUUAAUGAACCAGCAAUAUUACUUAAUACAACUUCAAUAAUAAAUAAUACAACAAAUUGUUCAAUAUUAAUGAAUAAUAAUAAUUCUACCUUUGAAAAUUCUUCAUUAAUAAUAUUUAAAUUUGAAUGGUUAACAAUAUUUAUUAUAUCAAUAAUUUUAUUUAGUUUUAUUCUUUUAUUUAUUUUUGGAUUUUAUCGAAUUCGUUGUCGUUCAUCACAUCAUCGUUUAAGACAAAAUAGUAAUCUUUAUUAUAAAUCUUCACAAAUGACAACAACAACAAGUGGAUCAUGUGUAUCAACAUCAAGUGAACAUGAUGCAAGUACAUUACCUGUUAAGAAAAAAAAUCAUUUAUUAUUAUCAUCAUCAUCAAAUAAUUAUGAUGAUGUUACAAGUGAACAACAAUCAAUGGGCUCAUAUAUUUAUCCAAUAACAUCAACAACAUCAUUAUUACAAACAACACCAUCAUCAUCAUUAUUAUUUAAAGGUGAACAAUAUGCUGUUAUUGAUGGAAAUUAUUCAUCGAAUACUUAUAAACAAUGGUCAACAAAUAAUACAUUUCAUUAUGCUUCAUCAGAUAUUGAACAAAUCGAUAAAGUUUCAAAUAAUCAACGUACAAGUUUAUUUAAUUGUAUAUUACCUCGAGAAAAUUUGCCUUCAAAAUGUAUUCAUCAUUCUUCUUCGUCAACAAAUUUUCCAGCUAAUGUUGAUGAAUCAAAAUUAAUUGCAAUACGUAAAAUAUCUGAAAGUAAAAUUGGUGAAAUAUAUUUUGGUAAUUAUUUCAUUAAUAAUGAAACGAAAUGUGUUUUAAUAAAAAUAAUCAAAACAAAUUUAAUUCAUUCAUCAAAGGAACUAUUUUUAAAUGAACUUGAAAUUUUAUCACGUUUAAAUCAUAUAAAUAUUUCAUGUUUAUUUGGUGUACAACUUAAUACACUUUAUCUUAUUCAAGAAUAUUCACAUUUUGGUACGUUACAAGAUUACUUUCAUACACUUUCAAAACAACAAACAAAUGAUUCAACCUUUCAAAAGAUAAACAUUUAUUUUGCUUAUCAAUUAGCAAAUGCACUUCAAUAUUUAUCUCAUUUAAAUUUAAUUCAUACUGAUAUAGCAACACGUAAUUGUCUUUUUUAUUCGGAUUAUAUGAUUAAAUUAACAGAUUGUGCAAUGGCUCUAUCACAAUAUGAACAUGAAUAUUGGUUAGGAACAAAUGGACAAUUAAUACCAUUAAGAUGGAUUGCACCAGAAGCAUUAUUAACAACUCCAACAAUAAAAUCUGAUAUUUAUUCAUAUGCUGUUACUUUAUGGGAAAUUUGGUCACGUUGUUCAUGUUUACCAUAUGUUUCUUUAACGAAUGAAGAACUCUAUCAAUGUAUUAUAGUACGACAAAAUGAAAAUAAAAAUGAUUCAUCAUUUAAUUUAUCUGUUCCACCUGAUUGUCCCAAAGAAAUUUAUGAUUUAUUAUGUGAAUGUUGGCAUAUCGAUGGAACAAAACGUCCAAAUAUAGCCGAUAUAGCACUGUAUUUUAAACGACAUAUAGAUAGUUCACGUUAA